AUGGAAUCCAUCAGGACGGGGUUCUCAGCUCUCACGGUCGGAGAACGGAGAAACUAUCAAGUAUCUCCGGUAUUCUCGGAGAAACAGAUUUGGAGGAAUAAACCGGAUUUUAUUAAAGAACAAGAGGGAUUCAAUACCGUGGAGUUGAGACGAUCGGAGGGAUUUAGGGAGCAAAAACUGCAGCAGGAGGGAUACAAAAACAUAAAGCCUAGAGGAUCGGAGGGAGCCAGGGAGCAAAAUAAGCAGGAGGGGAUCUCAUUUAAGGAGCUCAGACAAAGAGAGGAGUUGGCUUUCAUGGAGCUUAGACAGCAAGAAGAUUUCGUAAACAUGGAGCUGAAAAAUGAGGAGGGAUUCACAAGCAUGGAGCUGAGACGGUUUGGAUCCCAAAAUAACCGCUCCUCCCCUUGUGCUCCAGUACAGAACCCCUACAAUGAAAGGGUUCGGAGCAAGCUGAAAAGAUUGGAGGAGAAAAACCAGAGUUCGGAUAGUUGCUACAGUAGAAGCGAUAAUUCUUCCAUCCACUCCGAUCCUCCGAGGGUACCUGUUCAUCCUCCAACCCACCAGCAAUACGAUACAACCUCAUUAUCCAGCCUUGAUACAGCCUCAAGCAUUGAUCUAUGGAAUGUUAGAGCUAUGCCUAAUGUUCGAAUCACUCGUCUGGAUCGACCGAUUUAUCUCCGGCCGAACCCAACACUGCGUCCGAGGCCAAAUGUAUUUGAUACGUUGACGGACGAACUUGUUGUGAAAGUUCUCUCCUUUCUCACGACGAAAGAUCUGAUGUUUGCUGCCCGGGUUUCAAGACGGUUUUAUUUUCUCACCUGGGAACCAGAUCUCUGGCGAUCAAUUUGUUUGACUGGAGAGAACCGCAAUGUUGACCGAUCAUUAAGCUCCAUAUUUCAAAUUAUCAGCAAGAACGGCGUUAAUAUCGCCAGUACGGUGAAAAAUAUAGUUCUGAAUGGUUGUAGUCGGUUGACCGACAGAGGUUUAGCGCUGAUAGCGCGCAGAUGUAGAGCUUUGGGUCAACUUCAUCUUCAACUGUGCACAGAGAUUACAAAUGGAGGUUUGCUAGAUUUAACCAGCAGAUGUGAAGAACUAGAUCAUCUGGAUGUAUCAGGCUGCUUGCUAGUGUCUGGGGUAGGCGUUCCCUUGCCCAUCUCCCCUUCCUCCUCCACCCCUAGGCUUCCACUCACCUACCUGGAUAUGUCGGAUUGUUUGAGGUUGGAUGACCUCAGCUUGAGGUUGGUGGUGGAGAGCUGUCCUCAGCUUCAGUUCCUUUUCCUUAGGAGAUGUUCAUUGAUUACAGAUGUUGGAAUAAAAUCUGUCUCCUCCUACUGUCUACUCCUCAGAGAAUUAUCAGUGUCAGAUUGUAUAAAGUUGACUGAUGUGAGUUUGAGUGAGCUAGGCCGGUUAGGCCCAGCCCUGAGAUAUCUGUCCCUGGCUAAAUGUGAACUUAUCUCAGAUAACGGAGUUAGAAACCUAGCUAGACAUUGUUACAGACUUAGAUAUUUGAACUUGAGAGGUUGUGGCUUAGUGUCAGACUCAUCUAUAGAAUGGUUAUCUAGAUCGUGUACUAGACUUAGAUCUUUAGAUAUAGGUAAAUGCAAUAUAUCGGAUGGAGGACUUCAUAGUUUGUCUGAAAACUGUCCAAACCUGAAGAAACUAAGUGUGAAGGGGUGUACUCAGGUUACGGAUAGGGGCGUGGCAACCCUGUCCUACUACUGCAGGGGCCUCCAGCAGCUGAAUAUCCAAGAUGUGGGCGGGGUAACUAUUCAGGGGUGUAGGGUGGUCAGAGGAAACUGCAGAAGAUGUAUUAUUGAGCAUACAAAUCCUGCAUUGUCUCUUUAAAUAAUUCUUAAAGGGACUGUAAGCGUAAUUUCAAGUAAAGAUGGGAAUGCCCUAUUUACAACGGUACUAGGCUUUUCGACUUGAUGGUGAAAAGCCAUGAAAUGUCAAACUUUAGCCGUUUGCUUCAGCAUCAUUCAUAGUUUUGAAAUAUAAAAGGCCCACGACAUCAAGUUGGAAAUUAGAAUUUAUAGAGUACUCAGAGAUCCUUUAUGAAGAUCAAAAUAUCAAAAUAGUUUUGUGACAAAAAUCUCAGAAAUUACAUAUAAUUUGUGCCAAAAAGUUAUUUCACAGAGGAAAAUUGAAAUCAAUUACAUUUUAAUUCUGUGAUUUUGGUUUUUCUAUAAAGAA